AUGGCGACACACAACCGUCGAUCAUCAACGUCGUCGUCGUCUUCAUUCGCCAAGAGGCAUUCAGUGUCGGAGAAUCCUGGAAAGGCUACGGCGGUGAAGCCACAAUUGGCGAAGAAGAGGCCCGCUCUGACCAACCUGACGAACCAAAGGGAUGGGCCUCAGAACGCUUCACGGACCACCAUUGUCUCCAAAACUAUGGUGCCAUGCAAUGCUAAAGUUGACGGGAUGAAGAAGGGAUCUUCUACUUUCAUUUAUGAUGAAAACAACUCAAACAAUUUCUUGCCCAAAUCCUGGAAUGUGAAUUCAAGUGCAGUUUCUUCCAAGGAUACAUAUAUUCAGAGGGUUGAUCAAUCCAUAAUCAGUGUUUCUGCCUCUACUCCCCUCAGUUGCAUGGAUGUUUCUCCGAGUCAAUCUGAUAAUGGUUCAGUUUCUUUAGAUGAGAGCAUGUCUACUAGUGAUUCUCUGGGGAGUCCUGAAUUUGAAUAUGUAGACAAAGAUGGUGAUUUGGUGAUUGGUAUGUGUGACAGUCUCAACACGUCAGAUCAUGCGGGAGUAGCAGGGGAUAUCUGCAAGGCUAACACAGUGUUGGAGAUUGAAACAGUUUACAAAGUUGUUAAUGUUGAUGAUAACGUCACGGAUCCUCAAUUUUGUGCAACUAUAGCAUGUGACAUCUAUAAAAACUUGCGUACAUCUGAGACAAAGAAGAGGCCUGCUGCAGACUUCAUGGAGGAAAUUCAGAAAGAUAUUAAUCCCAGUAUGCGUGCUAUACUGAUUGAUUGGCUUGUGGAGGUUGCUGAAGAGUACAGACUUGUACCAGAAACAUUGUUUUUGGCCGUUAACUACAUAGAUCGUUAUCUCUCGGGAAAUACGAUAAACAGGCAACGGUUACAACUGCUUGGUGUUGCUUGCAUGAUGAUUGCUGCUAAAUACGAGGAGAUUUGCGCACCUCAGGUGGAAGAGUUCUGCUACAUCACUGAUAACACAUAUUUGAAGAACGAGGUUUUGCAAAUGGAAUCUGCUGUGCUAAAUUACUUGAAGUUUGAAAUGACAGCCCCGACCGCCAAAUGUUUUUUGAGGCGUUUUGUUCGUGCUGCUCAAGGAUUGGAUGAGGUUCCAUCAAUCCAGUUGGAGUGCCUAGCCAGCUACCUUUCAGAAUUAUCACUGCUAGAGUACAAAAUGCUUCGCUUUGCUCCAUCCCUAAUUGCUGCUUCUGCAACUUUUUUGGCCAAGUUUAUACUCGUCCCUUCCGAAAAACCAUGGGCAAGUGAUUUUGUUGCUGUCUUAGAUCAUAAUCCUCCUGUAAAUAUUUUGAUACAGACUUCAACCUUGAAGCAUUACACCCUUUACAAGCCCUCUGAUUUGUGUGACUGUGUCAAGGAACUGCAUCGCCUCAGUUAUAAUGACCAUAAUUCCACUUUACCUGCAAUUAGGGAGAAAUACAGUCAGCAUAAGAAUUGGCAAUGGUACAGGUGGAAUUUGUGUGGCACAUUAUAA